GUUACAGGAAGCAAGAAAGCACAUGUUCCACAACCUUCCUUACUCAUGUCUUAUUUCUCCUCCUCUUUAAACCUGUAUUUCCUGUCCCACUAAUAAGUUCCUCUGUCUUAGCCAGGCAUCGUCAGUACGUUGUGCAGGAGACAAUGGAGGACAGCACAGAAGAGGACAUUGAGUCUCUGAUUGAGGGAAUGGCCUACAUCCCUGGCCACUUUCAUUUGGAUCUGAAUCUGAAUGGUGAACCCAAUGGACCAGCCACACUUCGGCACCGAGACACCCAGCUCAAGCGUGAGGGUCUCAGGGCUGAGCUCGAAGCUGAGACUGGACGACUACAGUACGCUGUGCACAAUAUGCUGGGCCUGCUGGCCUUUCAUAUGGAUGAACUGGAGAUGGCAGAAGAGGCCUUUCACAGCAUCUGCCAAGAGGAUCCAGAAAACCUCAACGCCUGGGCCAACCUGGGUUACGUAUACGAACGUCUGGGUCGCGAGCUGGAGGAGGGGGAGUGCGUGGAGCGUGUGGCUGCCCUCAUGGGGUCAGAGAUGGGGGAGAACCAGACAGACUGCAGGCUCAGGGUGGCACGGUGCUUGGCUGAACAGGCGUAUGCACAUCCUCACGAUGUGGAGCUGGAGAUGGACGAAGAUUUACGGGAGAGACUGACAGCUGCCCUUGUGUUAUACAACCGUGCUCUUGAUUACGGAGAGGAACUGAUACCAAUAGAGGAAAAACGAAGUUGGUAUUUCAAAAUGGCAACAAUUUAUAUAAGGUUAGAUGGAAUUGUAAGGGAUUCAAAAGACAUUGACCUCACAAGACUGACUUAUUUCAACAAGGGCCUCAAGCUUCUCGCAGAGACUCUACAAUCUGACAACACACAUCUCAAAGCCCUGGCCUGGUGUUAUGUUGGUCUCAUGCUGGAGCGGACAGAGGAGUUCUCCACUGUGCCAAUGUCAGUCCAUGACUGUGGUUUCUCUGGAUCUGACCCUUUGACGUGUUAUGGAUCGGCCAUUAAGCUCGCCACAGAUGAUGCAUUCAUACUCAACAGGCUAGCGCACGUGUUCUUACUGUCAGGCAAACUGGAGAUGGCCAUAGGUAUCUGUAACAUGGCACUGAAUGUCCUGCCUGAUGCAGAACUCAACUGGCAGGCAUACUGCACACGUGCCAAGCUUAGUGUCACCACUUAUGCAAAGGAUCUUGAAAAAGCAAAGUGUGGCCAAGGUGGAAUCCCUGACCGUCAGAUUCUAAAAGAGGCUCGUGCUGACCUGGAACGUGUUUUGGCCAUCCGACCCUGUUUGAGGACUCAUUUGGAGAUGGGUCAGGUUUACUACUACAUGGGUGUGGACGCCCUACAGGAGACCCUGUUGGUUGAUGAGAUGGCGAUAAACCAGGCCCUGGUUAGUCUGGCUAAAGCUCUGCAGUGUCCUCUCGGCUCUACAAUCUCUAAACUACAGCUCCUGCGGGGUCGAUGCCUGCUGCUGAAAGGAGAGGAGCAGAACGCGAUCGACUGUUUUAGGAAAGCGCUUGAACUGGAACCUCUCACCGUCCAAAACACGGUGGUCCUGCGCUGCAUGCUACAGGCUAUUCUUGUGAGCUUCACCCAAUACGGGAAGGACACAGAUCACACUAUAAUCCAAUUAGAAGAAUGUUUAAAGGAGGCGGAAAAGCGAUACGGAAUAAACAUCGUUCAGACGGAGUUGAAAGCACUAUGCCGAGCACAUACAGAUGAGGUGACGGAGCUCUCAAAAGAUCUGAUCAGAAAGGGGAAGUUGGAAGUGGUUAGAAAGUUGCUGAAGAGCGUGAAGCCACAAGGGAAAAAGUUCUCAAUGAUCAGGUCCGUUUCUAUUUGAAAGGGUCUGUUGAGCAAUGGGAAGGUGACUCCAGAUAAUGUUCUGAUGGGCAAUAAUGUGAUGUCCAUGCAUGUUAAGACAUAAAACAAUAAUGUAGCUAACUAUUUCAAACUAGAGGUAUUCACUUCUGGUAAAUGGACAAAGGAAAUGUAUUCUAAAAUCCUAAAUGUAUUACUAUGGCGUUGAAGUUAAAAACGUCACUUUGGAAUGUUGUCUUUAUGGCUACGCUUUCCUCCAACACAUGCCACAAAGCAUGAAGAGCCAGUUUAACAAGAAAUAAGUGUUUAACUGUGUACUAUGGGUUCAGAACCUGAUGGUGCAGUCACAUUAGCAAAAAACAUCAGUGAAAUUUCACAUUCAAAAAAAGAUUGAUUGUCCAUUGUCAAUAGCUUUAAGAUGUUUGAACCACAGCCUAAACAGGAGACACUUUCAAACCAAGCAACUUUCUGUUGGUCAGCAUGGCAAAUUCAUGUCUAACUUGAACAUGAGCAAAAUCUGUGUGAGGAACUUUUUCAAAACUCCCAAUCGCAUAGAUUCCUAUUGGAAAGACUGGAUUCCGCCUGCAAAAUUUGAUUACUUGCUAUAAAGUAAAAAGACUGGGUGAACAUCCUCUAAGUGUGAUUCCAUAUUUUUAUGCCAGUGACAAAUGGAUCGAUUUCAUCACAAAUACAUUAUUAUUUAAAUCAUACAUUUUUUCAUGUGAAUCAAUGAAUUAAACCUCAGUAAAUGAGGUUUGCAUUAUAUAGUAGAAACUAAAUGAGUUAAUGUUGUCUAAAAGGCUCUAACAUCUUUAGGUCCAAUUUAUUUUAUCUAAUUUAUUUUAAUUUGUUUUGAAGCAAUACUCCACACAAAAAUAAAAAUUCUGUCAUUUACUCACCUUCAUGACGUUCUAAAACCGUAUGACUUUCCUUCUACUGUGGGACAUAUUUUAGAUAUUUUGAGAAAUGUCUCAGUGUUUUUCAAUGGAAGUCAAUGGGCUCCAAUGUUGUUUCCUAACUUUCUUCAAAAUAUAAUCUGUGAUCCGCAGAAGAAAGAAAGUCAUACCAAAUUUGGAGAGUAAAUGAGAACAGAAUUUUUAUUUUUGGGUGGCUAUAUAUUUUAACUGCUUUCAUUUAUGAGCAUAUUUUAUUAUGCAAAAGUAAAAAUGCUGAGUUAAAUACUGAAAUACCUAAAAAUAAUCUGCAUUGUCAUGUUUCAUAUAUAUAUUAAAAAAAUCUGAAAUAACAUUGA